CGCUGAUCAGGAGCAGUCCCAAGACCAUUUGAUCAACAUGGCCACAUCUCAAACUUCCCCUCCUCUUACACAAGAAGGAUUAAACCAUGAAUGCCAGGAAUUAGUCUCUUCCCUCCCAAGAGAAGACGGGUGGCGAUACAGUCCUCUCUAUCAAUACCAAACUGUUUGGUAUUCUCAAAUGGCUCUAUUGGGAAUGAUCGAACGUCAACGACACUUCAAAGCUCAUGAUACUGACAUACUACUAGCGACGACACCUAAAUCAGGCACUACAUGGCUCAAGGCACUUGCAUUUGCUAUCGUGAACCGAACUCACUAUCCAUAUCCUCAGCAUCCCUUGCUCACCAGCAAUCCUCAUAAACUUGUCCCUUUCUUCGAAGUCGACAACUACCCAAACAACCAAAAUUCUGAUCCUGACAGCAUUUGCUCCCCCGCUCUCUUCUGCACUCAUGUACCCUACAUUGCAUUGCCACAAUCCAUUAAAGACUCUGACUGCAAAGUUGUCUAUCUUUGCAGAAACCCUAAAGAUGUGUUUAUUUCUCUUUGGCAUUUCAUGAACAAACGGAAGACUGAGACUCAAUCACUGAUUUCGCUCGAAAAGGCACUUGACUUGUUUUGUGCAGGUAUUUCGCCAUUCGGUCCCUUUUGGGACCACGUGUUGGGUUAUUGGAAGGCAAGCUUAGAAAGCCCUCAGAAGGUUAUGUUUCUUAAAUAUGAAGAUUUAAAGAAAGAGCCAAUCGUUUUGUUGAAAAGGUUAGCAGAGUUUUUAGGAUGCACUUUCACACUCAAGGAGGACAAAGAUGGGGUGAUCCACGAUAUACUCAGGUUGUGUAGCUUUGAAAAUUUGAGCAAUUUGGAGGUGAAUAAGGUUGGAAAGUUUCAGCAUAGGCUUCAGCACCUAGAUGGGCUUGAGCACAGACUAUUCUUUAGGCGAGGCGAGGUCGGCGAUUCAUCAAAUUAUCUUACAACUCGAAUGAUUGAACGGUUGGAUCAAAUCACAGAACAAAAGUUUCAAGGUUAUGAUCUGAGGUUCUAAGUAUAUGUUUGAAGGCAUUUCACUGUG